UCUAACCCUCUCUCUUACUCUCUCCCUCUCGCUCGCUCGCUCGCUUGUUGGCUUCCUCUCUCUCUCUCUCUCUCUCUUCGCAAUCAAGGAGGACGGUUAGGUGAAGGCGAGAACCAUAGUAUAUUUCUGAGCUCGAUGCAGGGCUGAUUCGGUCAUCCAGUGGGUUGUUGUCGUCGCCUUCCUUGUUCUCUGCCUUUAGGGCCACUUCCCUCUAUUUGAUUUUUUGGUGUUCUCCUUUUUCUCCUCAUGGCCAGUCGUGAUUGAGGAGGUUGUUUUUCCAGGAAGUACGGGAUAUUGAGAAAAGUAGGUUGUGCUAGACAGUAACACUAUAUUAUUAUUUUCAUGGGAUGGCAGUGAGUUUUGUAGAGGAGCCUCAUUGUAGAUUUGAGAAGACUGCCAUUAUUUCCGAUUCUAAACAUUCUCCAGCAGCAUCAAAAGCUACUGAGAUCAUUGAGGCUGAUGAUGAUAAAGAGCCAAAUGAAUGCAAGCAUUUUACCAUUCGUGGAUAUGUUGCUGAGGUUCGCAAGAGAGAUUCAAAAAAUUGUUGGCCAUUUUUGUUUCAUAAUCGUGCAUCACUGGAAACUUCCAAUGUGUGUCCUCCACUACCUGUUGCAAAAUUUAGGUGGUGGGGUUGUCAGAAUUGUGUAUGUGAGGUAAUUGCUACUGCAACUCAGAUGACUACUGGAGGAGCUAUGAGUAUACAAAAUCAAGAUGUGAAAAGUAACAAUAAUUCAUUGCUGGGAAAAGAUACUGGAAUAUCUCAGUUUGAUGCAAGAAAAGUGUUGUCUAAAUUGCCACAAAUUUCUAAAGAAAACAACCUAAAAGAAAUACUAAAGAUGAACGAUUGUCUUGUUAAAAUCAACAGGGUUGGAAAGGAAGAAAAUGAAUGUCUACGAAGGGAGCUAAUAGAAGAAGGUUUUCAGAAGUGCAAGGAUGGUCAGGAUAGUCAAAAUGGGAUUCAAAUUGUCGUAGGUGAAGCUAAUUGUGUUUCUAAUGGAUGCACUGAUUCCAGCAAAAGAAAAAGAGGUGAAUAUAGAAAUUCUUUUGGCAGGAAAAAAUUGGGGGUUGCCUAUCUUAAAGAUGCUUUAGGCACGGCCUUAGUCAAAUGUAAGGGAUCUAAACUAAGUAAGAUUGGUCAUUCCAAGAUGCUUGGUGGAGAUGCCACAUCCAUCAGAAUCAAGUUCGCAUUACGUAGAUCAAAAGAACAUAAGGGGCCGGAAAGAAGAAUGGCAGAUAAGAGAAGAAGGAAUGAUGCAAUGAAAGGGAAAGGGCAUACUAAGUUAGAUAUGGUUGUUGGAAAAGAUGAUGUUCUGAAUGCUGUUCCAGUUCAUACAUUGUGUCUUGGUGCCUGUUUUCAGGACAAGCGAACUAGUGGAGCAUCAGGUGAUGGCUCAAAGUUCAUGGGUUUCACUGAUGAUAAACAUCAAAUAAAAAAUGAUGUUGAAAAUACGCAUGGUAAGAAGGUCAGAAAAGUUCGAUUUCUGGAAGAUAUCAUAAGAAGUGAAAAGCAGUAUAUGAUUGGAAAUACUCUAGAUAGAGAUGCAAAGACCAUUCAGCAUGAUUUCAUAGGAAGACAAGUUACAUCAAAGGAGAAAGUUCUACUUUUAAAUGACACAAGUAGCGGGGCUUAUCAAAAUAAUGCCUCAAAAUUUUUCAGAGGCAAAAGCAAAAUUCAGAAUUCUAUAGAGGAAGAUGAGGAUGAGGAUGAUGCUGUUACCUGUAUAGAUAGGAUAAACCAUUUUGUUUGUCAAAGAAGUAAACUAAAAUCAAUUAAAAGGAAGGACAUACAUGAAAACCUCUUUGAUGAAGAUGAGGGGCCUUUCCUGAUGCAUUGGCUGAAGAACAUGCCUAAAAAGGCAAAUGCUUACGAAAGAGAAGCAAAUGCCAAACAUAACAAUGGUAACCUCCUUUUAUCCAAGUUUUCUGCUGAUUUAUCAAGCAGAAGGGAUCAGGAUGUAGAUGUUAGAGAUUUUGUUGUGAGAGUACAUAAGCAGAAAUCUGCUUUUAAUCAGAAACAUACUUUAUCACCGGAAGAUGGCCAUAGGACUUCAGGCAUUCUGAUUGGUGACGAAAUGAAGUCCAAGAACUUCAGUUCCCAGGAUAUUAGUAAAAAAAACAGUAUCAUCACUGAGAAAACACAGCAUUUCAGCAAGGAAACUUCGCAUGGAGCAGGAGGAAAUGCUAUCUUACAUAGCAUAAGAAACAAAAAGCCUCUUAAUGACAGAAUUGGACCUUGCCAGACAAAAGAUUCUUCUUCUACACAAAAGAAAGCUUCUUUGGAGGUUUGGAAAAAAGCAUCAAAGAAGCCACGAAACAGGCGGACUACUGACCAAGAAGCUUUAGAUGAUAUUCCAAUGGAUAUUGUUGAAUUAUUAGCCAGGAAUCAGCAUGACCGGCAUCACGUUGUAGCUGAAACUGAUUCUACAAACAAACUUAAAUUUCCUGCAAUGACUGAAAGCAUCAAGUAUACUUGUGGUCUAGAUCCUUCUCAUAUAAACAAGAACAAUAUAUCAGAUGCAGAACAAGGGAAUCUUUCAUGCAAAAAAUUCCAAGUCAACAACAAAGGUUUUGAUGUUUGGACUACAUUCCCAUGUAAUGGUGAGAUGGAACAUGAGCCGAAAGUUUGCAGUUGUUCUAUCAAUGGAAAGAAAAAGCUUCAGAUUGAUUUAAACCAACGUUGUAGUGAUUCUCUAAUUAGUGGAGCAAGAUCUUGUAAUUUGGAAACCAAUGGUAACUGCCAUCAGCUAAAUUUCUCCUGUUGCAGAAGCAAUAAUAUGCACUCUUCUCAGUCAUUUCUUGAGGAUCAGACGGAUGUUUGUGAGAAUAUAUCCGGGAAUCCCCAUCAUGAAUUGCUACAAAAUAUAAAUGGUGCAUCCUACGGAGUUCGAAAUCAUUUUAUUAAUAAUUUGAAUGGGUCAGGUCUUGGGUCAGGUCUUGGAAGAGAUCUGAAAAUGUUUACUCACUCAGAUGAUUAUGAGAAGCCAAGAAGCGUAGUUGGGAAUCAUCACCAUUGGGGUUUUCCCCCAGCAGCACCAGAUGCUUUGUCUUUCAUGGACUUAGCAAAUGCUUAUCAUUCAAAUUUUUGUCCAGCAGACCUCUACAGCAAUGAAACCAUAUCUGCUUUGAAUUUGCUAAGGCUGAUGGAUCAAGCUGCACGGUCUGGUGAACCUCGGCAUCAUUUUCAAAGUUGUUCUGGAUUUAUUAAGGAGACCGACUUGAGUGCCUAUGGUCAAUAUAACGAGCCAUUAUUAGAAUAUGGAAGCCGAGAAAGAGAACCCUGCAUAUGCCCACUGGAAGUUGUUAAUACAAGUACAUGCCAACCAAGAAAUUCCUGCUUGCUUUUCCGACCACUUCCCAGAAUUGGAAUAUUAGGACCUUCCUUACAAAAGGAGAUCUUCAAUUUUUCAAAUUAUAGUAAAAUACCAACUAAGAGUUCCAAUGGAUUUCUUAGAACUGAUGUGAAUGAGAAAAUAGAACCUUCUUGUUUGAACCCAAAAACUUUGGCAUGGAAUUCCCAUAACUCUCUCUUUAGAUGCAAAUGCUCUGAAAAGAUUAGCCCAGAUAGAGAUCCUGAUAGAUGUCACGAUAGAUGCGCCACCUCAAAUACAAGAUUUUCCUUAGUAAGGGGUGGCGCAACUCAAGUGGAGUUGAACAAUAAGGUUGAUGCUCUUCUUCCCCUGGGCUUUUGUAAGAUGGAAAUUUGUGUUGUUAAUAGAAAUCCUGCUGAUUUUACUGUGCUUGAUGAAACUAAUGAGUAUAUGAUAGAGAUCAAGGAACUAAAGCUUAAAUCUGUGCCACCAUCUGAAAGCCUUCGAGGUCCUGUACAUGGGCAGAAGAAGCAGAGAGUUAUGAAGCUCAACGAUCUGAAAGCAUUUGCAAUGGGAUGAAAGUUCAAGCACCUAUUAGUAUCAAACUUUUGUUGUUUUGAGGAGCUUCAGUAAAUAUCAAUGAAACUCCUGAUUGUCAAUAUGUGUAUACUUUUUUCUUAAGUUUUCUUGUAAAGAAGUCGUCAUUAAGCUUCAAACAGCCCUGAAGAAUUGGAAUACAAGCUCUCUGGGCAUCUAAUUAUGUUUGUAAAGGUCUGAAUAGGUGAAUGUGUGAUAUAAAAGCCGGAACUGACCUGGAGUAAUAAGUAUCAUUGGCUGGGUUCUUAACGUUAUGGAAUAAUAUUUCAUUGGAUAUACCGCUUCCAACUACAGCGGCUUGGUGUACAGUUAAGAAGUUCUUCAGUCUUGUACAAUGUCAAAAAAUACAGUUAUUGGCCAUCUUCAUCCAACAUUAUAUGCUUAGCAAAAUUAUGUCAAUGACCUCAGAUUCUCUUGCUUUUCUGCUCAAGAACAUAGCAGCUUUGAUGAUGUCGCCACAACUUAUCUAUCAAUGUAAUUGUUUCAAGAGUAUAUACUUUGUGUGAAGCUUAAUUUGCUUAUUCCAAAUCUGGAGAUGAAAUAAACAUGAUGAUUAAAAAGGUCUGCUGUGUUAUUCCAAUUUUUGUUAGAACAUUCUUGCAUUCAAAAGGUAUGCUGUAUUCCUCAUUUCUGAGCUUCUAUAGAGAUAAAAAUAUUUUUCUUCUGUACUGCACUUUUACAAAUACUAGCAUAACAUCUUUUUUGUAAUUCCGAUCCUAUGUAAAAGAUUUUGUGGCAUCUAUUUGAUGAGUUCAGGUCA